AUGCCUCCCGCAGAGGUGAAGCACCUGGAAAAGGAACUAGCGGCGCCCUGCAAUCUCGGCCCCCGAAAUCUCUGUCCACCCCCCCCCCCCUCCACCCCAUCCCGGACGCCCGCUCCCCCACGCGCCGAUCCCCCGCGGGUACCUCGCGAGCGGCGCGGGCAGCGGAGGGCGCCAGCAGGUAGUGCUUUCGCGGAAGCGGAGCUUCGGCUGGAAAGUUCCCCGAGCUCCGGGGCAAACUCUCGCGGACUCCGCCCCGCCGCGGAGCCGCCGGGCGGGUGGGCAGCAGCGCGGCGCGGGAGCCGGGGAUGCGCGGAGCCCGCCGCUGGCGCGCGCCCGUCAGUCCGGCUGGGCUGCGGCGCCGCCUGGGCUCCCGGCCGUCCCCGCCCCGCCCCGCCCCGGCCCGGCCCGCGGCUCCGCCCCCCGCGUCCGCCCCGCUCCCGGAACCCCUCAAACCCCAGCCUCGCGCGCCUGCCAGGCCUGCCAGCGCGCCGGCCUCCAGGUCUCCGCCUCCGUCGCUCUCCCUGCGGCUCACUUAGUGGCCUCACCUCUGCUGGCCGCUUGCCCUCUCUCCCAGCCGCAGGGCUCCGGUGCCACCCACGCUUGGUCCAGGGAGUGAUGUUCUCCGGUUUGGAUAGAGUCCAGGAGAUCAUAGAGAGGGACUUGCAGGCAGUCAAGACUUUAGAGGAUAUUGCAGAGAAGGAAUCAGUUUGUAUCUAUGGGAAAGUACACAGGAAUAGAAUUAGGGGGAGAGGUGAGGCUGGUUGGGAGCAGACAAAGCAGAAGCAAGAACAUGGAGUCCAGAUUAGCAAGUUCUAUGCUGUGUUUGCAAAUUGUACUGGGGGCAGAAUAUUUGAAAAGGCAAAUGGAAAGGGGGAGCCAGCCGGCGUAAGGCCAAGGCCAGCGGACGCGCUGGGAGGCAGCCGACUCCGCGGGAAGGAAAGUUCCUCUCCCGACCCCGAGUCUGAUGAACAGCGGACGUCAUUCGGUAAGGUGAAUCUGCUACCGGGAGGCAAGAAAAUUCAGGGGGCCCGAAAACCCAGCGCUGUGUCGUCGGCCGACGUUUAUCUAGAAACGGAGAUAAGGUCUCCGCCAUAUGUGCCCUCCUUGCAAUCCCCUCCAAGGAGAGAAGCUCCCACAGGUGAACCGAGAGGAUUAAGAGGGCCAACGGGAACCGACCGUGAGGGGGGACCGGCAUUGGGGACCCGGGGGAAAACUAAGGGAGAUAGGGGUAAGCAAGACCCUGGGGACCCAGAGUUACCUUCAUCCACUGUUCAGACACUCCCUGUCCGAGUGGGACCAACUAACCCGGACGGAGAGCGAACCUAUCAGUACUGGCCCUUUUCCACGAGUGACCUGUACAAUUGGAAGACCCAAAACCCUCCUUUCUCAGAGAAGCCCCAAGGCCUCAUUGACCUCUUAGAUUCCAUUUUGUUCACUCAUAAUCCCACCUGGGAUGAUUGUCAGCAGCUGUUGCAGGUGCUCUUCACCACGGAAGAACGGGAGCGAAUUCUGGCAGAGGCGCGGAAACGGGUACCAGGGGUCGACGGGAGACCAACCACCCAGCCUCAUCUCGUGGACGAGGGGUUUCCUCUGUUGCGGCCUAACUGGGAUUUUGAGCGGGUGGAAGGUAGGGAGCGUCUCUGAGUGUACCGCCAGACUCUAAUGGCUGGCCUGCGGGCUGCAGCAAGAAAGCCGACAAAUCUGGCAAAGGUAAAUUUAGUAAGGCAAGAGCCCACUGAAAGCCCGGCAGCCUUCCUAGAGAGGCUGAUGGAAGCUUUCAGGCGAUAUACACCUAGGGACCCCCAGGCUGAGGAGUCACGUGCUGCAGUUCUGUUAGCGUUUGUGAAUCAGGCAGCCCCAGAUAUUAGGAGGAAAUUACAAAAGAUAGAGGGAUUGGGAGAACAGACGAUACAGGAUUUACUGAAAGUAGCUGAAAAGGUAUUUAAUAAUAGGGAGACCCCAGAAGAAAGGGAAGAGCGAAUUCGGCGGGAGGAAAGGGAAUUAGCGGAGAAGAUCAGGAAAGAAGACAGGGAACAUAGGGCUAGAGAAAACCAGAAGAACCAGAAGGAGCUAGCCCAGAUUCUUUUUGCGGGGAUAAAGGCUGGAACAGAAUUGAGGGAACCUCGAAACCCCCGGACGGGAGAAAAAGAAAAACCAAAAAGGCAGGCCCUAAAGAAGGAUCAGUGCGCCUACUGCAAAGAACAGGGGCACUGGAAAAACGAGUGCCCUAAGAGGGACUCAAAGAGAGGAAUGACCCAGAGAGAAAAAAUCCCCCCUGGAACUCGAGUUCUAUAUGCGGGGGAAGACAGUGACUAGGGGAGUCGAGACUCGGCACCCCUCCCCGAGUCCUGGGUAACCAUACAUGUGGAGGGGAAACCCGUUGGCUUCAUGGUGGAUACUGGCGCCCAACACUCUGUUUUAAAUAAAAAACUGGGACCAAUGUCUAAGAAAGCCAGCUUAGUGCAAGGAGCCACGGGGACAAAAAGAUAUUGUUGGACCACAGAACGGAAAGUAAAUCUGGGGACCAACCAGGUGUCCCAUUCGUUUUUGGUGAUACCAGAAUGCCCAGCCCCUCUACUUGGAAGAGACUUGUUGACUAAAGUUAAUGCUCAGAUCCAUUUUGACCCCGGGGGAAUGUCAGUCACGGAUGGACUUGGACAACCGAUACAUGUCUUGUCCCUAGCCUUAAGGGAUGAAUACAGACUUUUUGCGCCUAAGCCCUCAGAGACCAUAGCACUAGAUGUACAACCAUGGGCCCAUAAAUAUCCAUUGGCCUGGGCAGAAACAGCAGGAAUGGGACUAGCUAAACAGAGACAUCCGGUCGUCAUCGAGCUAAAGGCCGAGGCAAUUCCUGUGAGGGUGAGACAGUACCCUAUGAGCCAAGAAGCUCGGCGGGGGAUCACUCCCCACAUUCGACGGCUCAUGGAGGCCGGAAUUCUCAGGCGAUGCCAAUCCCCUUGGAACACCCCCUUACUGCCGGUGAAGAAGCCAGGGGAGACAGAUUACAGACCUGUCCAAGACCUGCGAAAAGUCAACAAACGGGUGAGUGAUAUACACCCAACUGUCCCUAACCCGUAUACUCUCCUGAGCAGUUUACUGCCUGAGUACACUUGGUACACUGUGCUGGACUUGAAGGAUGCCUUUUUCAGCCUACCCCUGGCAGUCCAGAGCCAGGAGAUAUUUGCCUUUGAGUGGACUGAGGGGGAAGGCCAACCGGUAGUACAAUUAACUUGGACCCGCCUCCCACAGGGGUUCAAGAACUCCCCUACCUUGUUUAAUGAGGCUCUGAGUGAGGACCUCUACGAAUAUCGGGCUUGCCACCCAGAGGUCAUUCUGCUACAAUAUGUAGAUGACCUUAUGUUGGCUGGAACCACAGAGGAAGCUUGCAGCCGUGCCACUGGGGACCUAUUACAGACCCUAGGCAUCUUGGGGUAUCGCGCUAGCGCAAAGAAGGCACAAAUAGCCCGGCAAGAGGUCACCUAUUUGGGGUAUAAGAUCAGGCAGGGGCAAAGGUGGCUAACCCAGGCCAUGAAAGAAACAAUAUUGCAGAUACCAGAGCCCAAAAACCCUCGCCAGGUGAGAGAGUUUCUGGGGACUGUUGGAUAUUGCAGACUGUGGAUUAUGGGGUUUGCUGAGAAGGCCCGGCCCUUAUAUGAGGGAAGUAAAGAGACCCCAAAGUGGACUUGGACUGAGCCAAUGAAACAGGCUUUCCAGACACUCAGACGGGCCCUACUAGAAGCCCCAGCCCUUGCCCUGCCUAACCCAAAUAAGUCAUUCCAGCUGUUUGUAGAUGAAAAGCAAGGAAUAGGAAAGGGGGUCUUGACUCAACAAUGGGGACCAUGGAAGCGGCCGGUAGCAUACCUUUCGAAGCGAUUAGACCUGGUGGCCGCUGGGUGGCCCCCUUGCCUUCGCAUCAUUGCAGCUACAGCCCUCCUCGUCCGCGACGCUGACAAGUUGACGUAUGGACAGCAACUCUCGGUUUACACCCCCCACGCAGUGGAAGGGGUUUAAAAGCAGCCGCCGGGUAAGUGGAUCUCCAAUGCCCGCUUGACACACUACCAGGCCUUGCUGCUCGAUGCCCCACGGGUGCGUUUUCAGACCCCUUGCUCCCUAAAUCCGGCCACGCUCCUACCCAACCCAGAGAAGGACAGCCCUCUCCAUGACUGCAGUGAGAUACUGGCUGAGGCCCUGGCGGCACGAAAAGACUUAACUGAUGUACCCCUAAGCAACAGUGAGCUAGUAUGGUUCACCGAUGGGAGCAGUUAUGUAAAAGAUGGGCAAAGGAAGGCGGGAGCCGCCAUAGUUGAUGAUUCAGGGCGGACGAUAUGGGCUGAGACACUACCCCCAAACACUUCUGCACAAAAAGCAGAAUUGAUUGCCCUAAUACAGGCUCUGGAGCAAGCCAAAGGGAAGAGAGUCACCAUUUUUACUGACAGCCGAUAUGCUUUCAGCACUGCCCAUAUUCAAGGUCCCAUAUACCAAGAAAGGGGAUUUCGGACAGCUGAGGGAAAAGAGGUCAAAAAUCUGCCUGAGAUUCACAGGCUCUUGGAAGCUGUCCAACUACCCCGGGCAGUAGCUAUAGUACAUGUCCCCGGUCACCAGAAGGGAGAAGACCCUAAGGCGCGAGGCAAUCGUGCUGCUGAUGCGGCCGCUCGAGAAGCGGCUAGCCGGGACUAUGCCGCCCCCAUAUUAGCCGUGGGACUUCCACCCCCUGGUAUGGGGACCUUGCCACCAGUUCCCGAAUAUUCCCUCCCUGAUCUCGCCUGGAUCAACAAGGAUACCACCCUCCAGAAAGAUGACCAAGAUGGAUGGUACCGAGACCAAAACAACAACCUGAUCUUGCCUGCCACCCUGGGUCGUCACCUGUGUGAACACCUGCACACAACUACACACUUGGGAGAAAAAAAGACCCUAACACUUCUCCAGAUGGCCUGCCUGAGGUUCCCUCGACAAAAUGCAACUGUACGAGAGAUAAUUCAAGCCUGCGAAGCGUGCCAGCUGAUGAGGGCAGAGAAGAAGCAGCACUCGGGAACGAGGUACCGAGGGGAAAAGCCAGGGCAACAUUGGGAGAUAGAUUUCACCGAGGUAAGGCCAGGCAAGUAUGGGUACCGCUAUCUGUUGGUACUGGUAGAUACCUUCUCGGGGUGGGUAGAAGCUUUCCCCACUAAGGGAGAGACAGCAAUAGUGGUUGCUAAAAAGAUCUUAGAGGAGAUAGUGCCUAGGUAUGGGCUGCCAGUGACUAUGGGCUCUGAUAAUGGACCUGCCUUUGUGAGCCAGAUUGUACAAGGGCUGGCCCAAGCUCUGGGGACGAAAUGGAAGUUACAUUGCGAAUAUAAUCCCCAGAGCUCAGGACAGGUUGAGAGAAUGAAUCGGACCCUAAAAGAAACUUUGACAAAGUUGGCAAUAGAGACUGGCGGGGACUGGGUGACCCUCCUCCCCUUUGCACUCUUUCGGGCACGUAACACCCCUUAUAAGCUGAAUCUUACUCCUUUUGAGAUUCUGUAUGGAAGACCCCCUUGGUGGGAUGUCGGAAACAGAGAUCUAGUUAGCUUCACCUUCAAGGACCGUAGACACCAGGGGCCUCAGGUACGAGUACGAUUUAACCAGGAACAGGCGAAAAAAGAAAACCGCUGGACCUCAGGACUGACUUGGGGUUUUCAGCUUCACGUAAAUUGGCCCGGCCCCUACCCAGGCGAGCUUUUAAUCAUUAAACAGGUUAUUGAGCCGGUGCAGGUACAUAGUUUAGAUCCCAAUCUGGUCAAAGCAUUACAGGGGCACAAGGCGACCCCCAAGCCAACCCCCUUCAGACCAAGCUUGCCAGGAACAUUUAACAUCUCCUCUACCCCGAGCCUCAGAGGCAAACUGACAGAAACCCCUGGCCCUCUGGCUGUUACCAUUAGCUCAGCAAUUCAGGACCCCCUAUGGGCCUUAGUGAAUGCAGCCUUUACGGUCAUAAACCAUACCAACCCUAAUGCAACCCAGUCCUGUUGGCUUUGUUAUAAUCUUCACCCCCGCUUUUAUGAGGCCAUAGGCCUCAAUGUCUCUUACCACUUAUAUUCAGGCCAGGACCCACCCCCAUGCCGAUGGGAAGAACGCAAGGUUGGCCUCACAAUGAAUGAAGUUUGGGGACAGGGACUCUGUUUGGGCACAGUGCCACGUGAUAAAACUUCCCUCUGUGCCCGGACUAUUAGAACCCAGGUGGAGGAUGUUAACUUCAGGCUGAACACAAGCACUAGACCCAAGACUGGUUGGAACCGGAAGACUGAUGACUGA